UGAAUGCAUUAUCGACUAGCUCGGCCGUACGACAACACUGUCUGUAGUCAAUUAAAUUAAAAAAAUAACAAAUAAUAUUUUUUAUCUACGAAAACAAAAUGGCUGUUUGCGUGUGAAGUGAAGUUAUCGUUCAUUUAUUUUUAUUUUUUGUUUCUGUUUUGUUAUUAUUGAGUGAAAGUGUUUUAUUUGUAUUAAAAUGCCUAAACCAACUAUUUUGAUUCGCCAAUCUCUAUUCCACCAACCACGACGGCAUAUCGCCGGCUCUUCAUCUCAAAGGACUUCCACAUCUCCUCAGCGUCGGAAUGUGGCUGCUCCAAGGCUGGCCACGUCUGCUGCUCGACCCUUCAACGAGAUCCCAGGACCGAUCGCCCUGCCUAUGCUGAGACAUUCGGCUCAUGUAUUGCCUAGAAUUGGUAGUUACCAUCAUACUGUUGGACUGGGUUUGCUGGAAGGUCUUCGCGAUAAGUAUGGGGACCUGGUCCGGCUGGCGAAGGCAUCCAGGUCUAGGCCUGUGCUGUACGUCUUCGAUCCUGAGAUGAUGAGAGAGGUAUAUGAAAGUUACGCUACAGAGCCUCCACGCUUCGAAAAAUCCCCGCUUUGUCAACAUAGGAAGGUUGUGGGCCACUGUCCAGUUCACGGAGAUGAGAACAAAGCUAUUUGGGCGGCGAUUCGCGCGCUGUUACAAGAUGGCAGCCUACUGAAGUGCUACGACCAAGCCUUCGAUGGUAUUGCUGCUGAUAUCACGAGGAGACUGGGAGACUUGCGUCAUGCAGAAAAUGCUUUGAACGAAGAAUUGGAGACUGAAAUCUACCGGUGGGCCAUCGAGACUAUCGGUAUGAUGAUCUUCGGCAUUCGACUGGGAUGCCUUGACGGUGCUGUGCAUAUACCUACUGCUGAUAACCAGAAACCAGAAAAAACCUCAAUGGAUGACGAGAUCCACGACCUCUGUUCCUUGGCGAAGCGUUCCCUAGAAGAACUGACCCCUGCAGAACGGCUGGUACGAUGCAGCCGAGACAUAGCUGAUGGCAGCUUCCUUGUCAGGAGUGAAGGGACCCUGAACCCUGAGAAUCCCACCUUCAACAGUGCUCUAAAGGCCUUUGACAGACAUUUUACGCUCACAGAACAUUUCCUGACGAAAGCACUAAACUCCCUCAACUCCGAAGAGUUGAGGCCUGAACAGGUUUUACUCGACAAGUUGCGACCAUUGCAGAGGCGAAUCCUGCCUCUAGCUGCUGAUAUAUUACUCGCCGGCGUUCACCCUCUCGCCCAAACAGCUCUGAACAUGUUUUACCAACUAUCUCUUCACGCGGCUCGUCAGCAAAGGGCACAUGACGAGGUGCACUGGUCCAUAGCAUCAAGGGAGGCUGGGUGUGACACACCCGAACUGCCCUACGUGGCUGCCUGCGCCAGAGAAGCUAUGAGACUCCACCCAGCCACUGGAGGAGUAGUGAGGAGGAAUAAGGAACCUAUCAUUGUUGGAGGCUAUGAAAUUCCUGCUGGGGUGGACAUAGUCCUCGCUCACGGCGUAACAAGCAAAUCUGAGAAGCAAUGGGGAAGGGCAAAGGCCUUCGUUCCAGAGAGGUGGUGCAGUGAAGGUUGGGAGCCUUUAAAAGCUUCCAGAGCCCAUCCACUAGCCUCCAUGCCCUUCGGAGAAGCCUGUCCAGGUACCGGCGCAGUUGGAAAAAUGCUAUCGUCACUAACAACUAGAGUGUUGGACAAAUACAGGCUAGAAUGGCACGGACCUGCCCCGAGUAUGGCCACCGUAGGAGUCAACAGAAUGCAUCCGCCUUAUUAUUUCGUUCUACAGAAUGCUGCUUGAAUAUUCAUUGUGAUAUAGGUUUAAGUUUUAGACUAGAUUCAUCACUUUUUAGUGAGAAUGUAUGUUAGUGAUGGACUGUGGACUGUUGUUUUGUUAUAGGCUAGAAAUUUUAGCUGGAUGUAAUAAAAAUUACUGUUAUUGAUUUUUAUUGACGCAUAUUACAUUCAUUGUAAUACGUAAAACUGUUAUAAGUAACGUAAAUUCCAUACUUAACUGAUUUUUGACAUGUAUCCUCCUAAAUGACGUAUGUAUGUACAACUUUAUUAUUAUUAAUUUUAUUCAUUAACCAUUUAUUUCAACCGAUUACUUAGAUCAUACAUAAUUUACACACACAUAACAAACCAUAAAACAAUAUAAAAGACUAACAACAUUAAAAUAACCCCGAUCCCAAUUCAAAACAUUAAUUUCACAUUAGCCAGUACAUGAACCAUACAACAGUGGUUUUAUGUACUGACAGUCAAAAUGUUCAGCAAAGGCGCUCGGGAUACUGUUGCGACUUACCCCGCACUCUUUUCACCAAUGACGUGCACGUGUAUUUAUAGAACAAUCAAAAUCUGCAAUCUUUAUCUUCCAAACAACGAUAAUAAAAUUUCAGAAGACAAUGCGUUAGCUAAUUAACUCGAAUAAACCCUUUGAAGCCAGUUUCAUAAAGCCCCGUUUUCUAGCAAAAGUGACGCUGCCAAUUUUGGCAUCCAAUCAAUCAUUUUGGUUCAAUACGCGUAGGUACCCGUUUUCCAACCUAGCCGUGUCCUGAUUAAGACAGAUUUGAAAUUGAGAACAAAAAGAUUAAUUAAUCUAAUUAAGUUAAUGAAAGUUUUCUAGACUACCUCUGACGAAGUCUUUGGGAAAGAUUUUAAAUGUGCUUAAGUAAUUAUAGUCCUAACAAAUUAACUGUUCUUAGGAAGACUUUGUUUCUUUGAAAGACGAGCCCUUCGGUCGUAUAAUUAUCUUUUCUAGUUGUCUGACUGUUUUUGACGACCUUUAGGGAAUUAUUCAAUUUUCUAUUCUACGUAUUCACAAACUAUUACAUCAAGAAACCCCGAAUAUCUUCAUAAAAUUUUCAAAUUUAUUGUUUUGUAAUAAAGUACAAAAUCUAUUAAAUAAAUUUGACUAAUAAGGAUAGCUUGAUGUGUUAGUGUCUGUAAAUAAUUUACAGUGUGAAUUUCAUAUACCUAACCAUUUUCCCACGACAAAACGAAUUGCCCUCAGUAGGAUUAUCAAAAUACAGAACAAAUCGAUUCACCGGUCGACUUCCUUUCGCGCCAUUGACCUCACCUACGAACAUGUUACCAUUGGUUUCAAGUCGAAUUCGAGUUAAUUUUUUACAGUAAAAAUUUAGCAUAAACAGUUUGUAAUAUCAAGAGAAUGUCAUUCAUUAAUAUGUUUCAGUUGUACAGAAAUUGUCAGAAUUAACAAUAAGUAAUGUCUAUUUUCCCUGCUUUGUGAUAACUUUGUAAAAUUCAUAUGGUCUUAGGACAAUAUUUCAUUAUGUGCCUAUUACAUAAUUAUGUUUUAUAAAAGUUCCUUAGUAAGAAUGUGUUGGAUUUGUAACGUUUUUAAUGUUAUAAUAAUUUAAUUUAAUAUAACAAUGAUUUGUAUGUUCUUAUAGGUAUAUCAUUUAUGAUUAAAAUAAGACAUUGGUUAUU